AUGCCCACGCCCCCGCCCCCGCCCGACAUCGCCUCGCUCGCCGCACUGCCGCCUGAACUACUCCAACACGUAGCCGACCUCCUUCCGACACCAGACGUCGGCGUGCUCCGCCUUACAAGCACAACACUCAACGCAGCACUGGCGGACACCUUCCGCAGGGAACACUUCACGCGGCUCGCGGUCGUCGUCUCCCCCGCAGGGCUAUCAUCGCUCGCGGCCCUCGCCGCCCGCCCCGAGAUCGCGGCGCACGUCCGUUCGUUACGCAUCCUCCCACACACGGCCGACGACGUCGCAGCUAUGGCCACUUCGAACGCCCUCUUGGCCCUCGACGACAGUGUCGAGCGCGAUGGAGGUCCCCUCACGCAACGCCGACCUCGGACCGCGGCCCUUCUUCGCGCGCCGCAUGCCGCUGCGCUGGGGCACGCGGCGCUCGCGGCCGCCGGCGACAUUCGGGUCAACGAUCGCCGGCUGGGCCCGAUAUUCCGCGCUGCGGUCGUCGCGCUGGGCCGGGCACAUGCGGCCCGCGCGAGCGCGGGAUAUGGCCCCGUGCCCGAGCUCGUCGCGGACGGCUCGACGGUGCUCGAUGACGCGGUGUUCGCCCUCGGCGACGAGCUGCGUUCGCUGCUCGCGCCGGCGCUCGCGUCCCUCGAUCGCGUGCAGCUGUUCUUUGGCCGGUGUUCUGCCGACCCGGCAGGCUGGACGCACGCUGUCGCAUUCAUGCGGCUGUGUAGCCCGUCAUCGCUUACCCUGCGGGCCGUCGAGAGCGCGGGCCAUGGCCCAUGUCUCCCAGCCACGCUGAGGUGGAUGCUAGACGCCCCCGCGCCGUUCGCGCGGCUGCAACGCCUCGAGCUGAGCGGGUACACUGAGCUAGCGCCGAACGACCUGUACGCCCUCCUCACCAAGUUCCCGCGCCUGGCGAAGGUGACGCUCGAGUGGGUCAGCCUCACGAUCACCGACGACCGCGGCCCGGAGCAGUGGGACGGCGCCCAGUGGCGCUCCCUCCUGCACGACCUGUCCGCGCAGCACCAGGCCACCCCACUGCCCAUCGCCGAGAUGCACCUCAAGUCUAUCACAGAGUAUGCUGCCGUGCGCUUCGUGACUGGGCGCAAGAGCUGCGAAGACGACGCGAGCGCGUACGCCGCCGACAGCGGCGUGCACUUCCCCGUCGCUGUCCACCUUCCCGGCCGCAAGACGUAUCGCGACAUGCCGGCCGGAGGCGACCUGUUCGCGCGCUUGGCCCAGUCGAUUCGCACACCGUGGUAUGAGCCUGAUUCGGACGGUGGGAUCGACGGCGAGACGGAGUCGGAUGAGACGGACUACGACGACGAGCUGGACGACUAUUGA